AUGGCGCCUCUCGCGCUCCUCUCCGUCGUCAGCGCCUCGAUCCUGUCGUUGGUUAGAGCCAGCGAAGAUGAUGUUACCAUAACUUACACGGCAAAACUCGGAGAGGAGGGUGCAUGUCUCACAGAUAUUAAUGCCGCUCGCGCAAAAGUUGGUUUCAGUGAACUAACGAAACCCACAACCGGAGAGACAGACAAAAAGCUGCCUGAAGGCCCUGCUGCCGAAACCGCCGCUACGGGUGAUUGGCUGUCUCUAUGCAAGGCCUUGAUACCGGAAGAAAUUCUCGAGAAAGCUUUGGGAAGUGACGUUGAGACACCUAAGUUCGGCAGCGGCACAUACGCGUUUAAGACGCUCACAUCGGAGACCCCAAACUGCGCGGAUAUAGUGGACGGAUGGAAUGCAGCGUACAAAAACUUCAGCGACCUGCCCCCGCCAAAUGACAAUUCCACCACAAUAUACGAUGAUAGAGAUAAUGUAUCGUUCGUGGCCAUAUAUAACCCAUCACCCGCCGCCACUGCGGACUGCCGAGUUGUCACCUGCGCCCAAAAAACUACAACGGCCGGCGGCGAGCAACGAAUGCGCUCCACGGGGGACGGGCAGAGCAAGCUCGGCUAUGCUUUGGUUUGCAUGACGACGCCUGAUGUGCUGACAGCGGGCGAGAAUGCUGCUCCAUUUACAGAAGAGCAAUGGGGGAAGAUCGUCAGUGCCUUCACAGGCUCCGCCUCGACUGUAUUGCCCAGUCUGUUUGGUCUCACUGCAACGGCAGUCGCCAUUGGUGUGACGUUGUUGUGA